AUGGCUUCGUCGAAGCUUCUCGCCCUCGGGAUCCUCCUGCUCGUCGUUGCCAGCCUGGCGACCUUCGCCGUCGCAGACGACGACGACGACCGUCCGAAGCGCGAUCGCAAGCGGGAUGGCUCCGGCAACCGCGACCAGGAUCGUGACAGGGACCGUGACAGAGACGGCUCCUGCAGCAAGUCCGGCGGCUGCACCGGCAGCGGCAGCGGCGGCCGCCAGAAAACUGGCACUGGCCAGCAGGGCGACGGCUCCUGCAGCAAAUCCGGCGGCUGCACAGGCAGCGGCGGCGGCAGCCGGCAGGGCAGCGGCCGGCAGGGCGGAAGCGGCGCAGGCGGGCGCGGAGGCGGAGCGGGACGAACGGGGAGCGGCGCUGGCGCGGGUGCGGGUCGCGGGGGGCAGCUGGGCGGCAGCAACAGCGCUGGCAAGGUGCGACAAGGCAAGAAGGGCAGCGGAAACUGCAGCGGCAGCGGGUCCGGCUCGUGCAACGGCGGAGGCGGAGGGUCGCGGAGAAACGCGGCGGCGGCGAGCAUUCAGAGCGCCAUGCAGAGCGGUGGCAUGCAGAGUGCGGGGUACGUGGUGGCGGACAACAGGGAGAGGGAUCGCAAGAGGGACGGCUCUGGCGACCAGGACCGCGACCGCGACCGCAAGCGCGACGGCUCUGGCUCCGGCUCCUCUGGUUCCUCUGGUUCCCGUUCCUCCUCGUGCUCGCGAUCUGGCGGCUGCAAUGGCAGCGGCGCUGGUCGGCAGGGUUCGGGGCAGCAGCAGGGCCGCGAACGUGGCGCAGGCGCAGGCGGAGCGGGCGGCAUGAGCGGCGGGGGCGGGCGGCAGGGAGCGGCGGGACGCACGGGUGCAGGCGCAGGGAAGGGGGCUGGCGCGGGGUUGAGGGGGAGCGGUGGGGGAGGCGGGAACUGCAACGGAAGUGGGUCUGGGUCUGGAAACUGCAAUGGGAGUGGUGCGGGCAGGAAGGGGAGUGGUGGGGGAGGUGGUGGGAACUGCAAUGGAAGGAUGGUUGGCCCUCUGGUGGUGGGGGACCUUGGAGAGGAGAAACAAGAAGGCGGGGUGGAGUUCAAAUCAGAAGCAUUUGGGAGCUUUGAAAUUGUUCGUUUUCUUGUGUGUGCUGUUCUUUUCUGCCUCUCUCAAGGAACGAUCGUACCCGAGGUGGAGGAGGACCUAUGGCAUGCGUACAACCUCAUUGCUCCGCACGACCAUGUGCAGAGCACCACGUUCAGGAAGGUGCAGAAGGAGACGGGAGGGGGCGGCAGUGAGUCGGAGCGGAUCAAAUUGAGGCUGGAAGUGGCAGUGGAGGAAGUGGAUUUUGAUGCGUCGGCGCACGUGAUUCGAGUUCGCGGGAAGAACGUCACUGAGAAUGAGCAUGUGAAGCUCGGGUCCUACCACACACUAGAGCUGGACCUGCAGCGGGCCUUCACACUCACCAAGGACGUAUGGGACUCAGUGGCUAUAGACCGGCUCAAGGAGGCGUGUGACCCGUCAGCCAAUGCGGACCUAGCAGUGGUGGUGAUGCAGGAGGGGCUGGCUAACGUUUGUCUUAUUGGGGGGAGUGUGACUACAGUAAAAGCGCGCAUAGAGACGCCAAUCCCAAGAAAACGAGGGCCUGCAAUUGCAGGAUAUGAUAAGGCAAUUAAUAAGUUCUUUGAGAAUGUCUUUCAGGGUGUGCAACGUCACAUCGACUUCAAUGUUAUCCGCUGCCUGCUUAUAGCGAGUCCUGGAUUUACCAAGGACCAGUUCUUUGAGUACAUGAUGCUGGAAGCAACGCGGCAGAACAUCCGAGCUAUAAUCGAGAACAAGGCCAAGAUCGUGCUCGCACAUUCAACAUCCGGAUACAAGCAUGCAGUGAAAGAGGUGUUGGCAUUGCCAGCUAUCAUGACUCAAAUCAAAGACACCAAAGCAGCCAAGGAGGUCAAAGCACUUGAGGACUUCUACGCCAUGCUUUCAAAUGACUCAGCACGGGCCUUCUACGGUCCCGGGCAUGUGGAGGCAGCAAAUGAGCGCCUUGCCAUUCACACGCUUCUCAUUUCCGAUGAUUUGUUCCGCAACGCCGAUGUGAAGACUAGAAGACGUUACGUGGAUCUGGUGGAAUCAGUGAGGGCGAAUGGCGGGCAAGUGCACGUCUUCUCCUCCUUGCACGUCUCUGGCGAGCAGCUGGUGAAUCUCGCUGGGAUUGCUGCAAUUCUUCGCUUCCCACUGCCAGAAUUGGAAGACAUGGAACUAUAG